AUAUGUAUAAACAAUUAGCUAUAGGUGAGCGUAGACACAUUCAUACAUACACAUGCAUAUGUAUGUAUUUAAGCUGGCAACAUUCUGGGCUUAUCAAUUCUGUUGGCAACUUAAGAGCACUGGCAAUAACUGCACUCCAAUAAUUAUUUAGUUGUAUUUUUGUUCUGGGAAUAAUUCUGCUUUUGUAACAGCUCGUAAUACUUAAUAUUACCUUAAAGCUUAUGAUUCUCCUUGCGAUCCUAGCGCACUGAGCAGGACAAUCGAUUCGAUUGUCAAUCAACAAUUUCCCGAAUACGUCAAAAUAUAUCAAAUUAUAUAUGUAUAUAUAUUUUCAAUCAAUCAAUUUUAUAGUUCGAUCUAUUUUCCUGCGGCUCGCAACUAAAAUUGUACAAGUUUUGAUCCUCCGCUGACCUCAUAUCCUUUUACACAUACAAAAUGUUUCUUUGCUCAAUAUUCGUUAAAAUUGUUUUCCUGAUUAUAACUCUGAUUUAUCCCACAAAUUCGGAAUAUGGUCUCUUCGUGGCCAUAUCCGUGCCAAUUAGUCUACCGCAUCGCAAUGUGUUUUUGUCCUACAAUUACGAGUUCAAUUACUAUCAUCCGGAGCACGUUUACAAAUUCCCACCUAUUUUGAUGGGUCAAGAUUUCGCAGAUGGCUAUCUUACGUAUCCCACCCAUGAUGCAGCGCAAAGCAGACAGUGUCACAAUUGCACCGUGGGCACCAAUACAACCGAGCCGGAGAUCCCGGAACCGGAAAAGACGAGGGACACAACUACGGCUCCGGUUCGUGAAAAACGCGAGUUGUCGCUGAUGACACGGAAGACCUUCUACACUAUACUGCGCGAUAAACUAGACAGAUCUGGCUAUCCCGCUGAGGCCUGUCUGCUGCGCAUGAUUUGCGAGACGAACGCCUCAACGCUGGGCGAAAUAAACGGAUUCCUGGGCAGCAUUGUGCACGUUAUUUUCACUCCUAGCAGCUCCAGAGAUGAGCAGCUAUCUCCUGAUUACUAUCAGGCCGAGGCGGAUGGACUGCAGCAGCAAUGUUCGCUUUACGAGAGCGACUGCCCCUACAAUGUUAUGGAUCUGAUUUCAACGCCCGUGGAGCGAAUACUCCAAGACAUCGUGCAAAGAAGAAGAAGAAAAUAA